ACUGACAGAUGACACGAUGGAUGAAUGGAUGGCCAGGCAGAGGGAGGAGCUGCACAGACAGAGAAUGAGCUUGGAGUUUAUAGGAGAAUGAUACGAAGGCACACAGGGACAAGUGUGGACCAGUGUUAGAAGGCCAAGGAAACAGUGGAAAAAUCACUGCGGGCCUGGCACUUUCCAGGGCAUGCAGUGUGUUCUCAGCACAGAUGGAGACCGAGGAUGGGAAGAGUACAGAGAAAGAAGAGCUGGGGUGGGAGCGGUCGAUCAGCAGUGACAGACUGGCCAACCACGAGAGAACAGAGAACGCAGGAAGGAAGCACUAUACAGCCUCUUCCCAUGGGGGUUGUCCCUGGCAAGCUGUAAUCUCCAGGUCCCACAUACUGCGCCAUUGUGCACCUGUCACAGGAGGGAACUCAGCCAAAGUGUGCACUACAGCAGGAGACAGAGAGGAACUGGCUUUCGGUGCAGAUGCAGAGUCCUGGGUGACCGUGAACCUGAAGGGAAUCCCCAUUCCCAGCAUUGAACUUCAGCUUCAGGAGUUGAAGAGAAGCCGGACUCGCCAGUUCUAUGGUCUGAUGGGGAAGCGGGUGGAGGGAAUACAUCCGAUCCAGUCAACAGAGAGAAUGGGGUAUCAGCUGGGACGUAUAGUGGAGGACCUCCUUGGCACAAGGAGUUUGUCCAUACAAGGAACCUGCAGACAGGAGACAAGUCACCAGAGUGCAGGGCCCGGAGCACUGGCCAGAGAAAGCUUCCAGAGUCAAGAGGAAGAUGAGACUCCCCUAACCACCAGCAACAUGUAGCACUCUCCCUAGGCACAGAAGAGGAUGGCCAGAGUUCAGAGAGCCCCAAGGGACGCCUCCCAAAUGAUGCCACGCCCAUCUCUCCCCUGAACAUCACAGCUGAUGAACCUCAGUCAACACACCUGUGUCUUCGGUCCUCAACUCGGUAUUUCCUGCCAGACCCGCACUAACCAAACUGCAUUUCUCCCAGGACUCUUGGCAUCUGAUAGUAAAAACCCACAAAGCACUGUUGCCUCCUCACAAGCUGGACUGACCCAGCUCUCCUUUGUACCUAAGGCAAAGCUUCACACUCUGUAUCCCAUGCCCAGCAUACAGUAGGGCUCAAUAAACGAGUUAGCAGUCACAGGUAGCUUCCUCAGCCGUGCAGGGUGGAGGGUGGGACGUCAGAGGAGCAGAGAAUAACAUUACACAGCCCAGGUCCAAUCCUUGGGUGGGAAAAGGGCUUGGGGCCUGGCUAAAAUGGCAACAGAAACAAGGAAAAGACCCGAGUGGAGAAGGUGCUGCAUGCAUUUGGGGUGGGGUCAGGAGUCUUCCUCCCUUUAGAUCCCUGACGUUCCUACAGACAGCCCUCUGUGCUGAGGCUAAGGUUCGGUGGGCCAAGGCGACUGCUGCCAAGCCUGACAACUUGAGUUUGAUCCCUAGGACCCAGAAGGUGGAAGAAAAAAAGCUGUCAUUUUACCUCUGCAUGUGCCAUCACAUGUGUUACACAAAAUAAAAAGACAGUUUUGAAAAGAGGUCACCCUCUCUAACCCAGCCCUCAUGGUUGCAAAAUUCAGUCCCAGGUCACGCCUCAAUCCUCUCAUGGCUG